UCUUAUUCUUUGUCUCUUUGUAGGGUAUUUUCCAAGGGUAUUAUGGGUAAAGGCUGUAAGGUGGUGGUAUGUGGCUUGGCCUCUGUUGGUAAAACGGCGAUUCUCGAGCAGUUACUGUACGGAAACCAUACUGCAGGUGCUGAAACAAAUGAAACCCAGGAGGACAUCUACGUGGCCUCCGUAGAGACGGACCGCGGCGUGAGAGAACAGUUACGUUUGUACGACACCAGAGGGCUCCACGAUGGCCAGGAGCUGCCGAAACACUACUACUCAGUGGCUGACGGCUUUGUUCUGGUGUACAGCGUCGACAGCAUGGAGUCCUUCAAGAAAGUUGACAUCCUGAAGAAGGAAAUCGACAAAUCCAGGGACAAAAAAGAGGUGAUGGUGAUCGUCCUGGGUAACAAGGCAGACCUGCGUGACCAGCGUCAAGUAGAACAGGAAGUGGCUCAGCAGUGGGCUCGGGCUGAGAAAGUGAAGUUAUGGGAGGUGAGCGUGACCGAGCGCAGCUCUCUCAUCGAGCCCUUCACCACGCUCACUAGCCGCCUCACUCAGCCUCAGAGCAAAUCGGCUUUUCCUCUACCCGGCCGCAAGAGCAAGGGGACUCCCUCCAACGAUAUCUGAGCUGGAGUUUCUACUUAAAGGCACCCGGAGGGUCGCUGCCACGCGAAGACGGCUGCAGGCGCACACAUCUGGAUUAGCUGUGGAUGAUUCCGUUAAGUCUGGCGGUUUAGAGUUGAGUAAUAGAACAGCAGAGUGGCUGAUAAUAGCGUUUAGUGUAAUAAUACAAAAUCAGGAAUCUGUAAUGCUAUAAUGCUUCCUAUAAGCUGCUUCAGCAGGUCAGGCAUCUAUACAAAACUGCCAUAAGUGCUUUCAUUUCAUGUGAGGUUUAACCCGAGCUUCCAAAAGUAUUUUAACGACACAUUAGAGAACCUUUAAUGAAAACGAAAGUACUGAGCUUGGUUUAGCAGUUUAGCCUAACGCUGUUUAAAUCAAUAGGUAAAAAUGUAUUAUUUUGUUUACUAAGCUGCUUAAGUGUGUGUGAUGAGAGCAAGAGAAGAGAAUCACGUUCGCCGUAGUGUUGCACAGCUUUGUGACUCGUACGUAGUCUUAAGGAAAUCAGUUAUUAAACACUAAGGAAAAGUAAGCUAAUAAAUGUAAGCUGUGAUAAACGGGACAUCUGGCAGUGGAAUGUUAUGGUUAUUGUUACAGCAGUGUACAGAUAUGUUGUAUGAUUCAAAGCAGUGAUUCUCAAACCUUUUUUUUGUAGUCUGUAAAAUAAAUUCCACAACUCCUGAGUA